AUGGCACCCAAGAAGCCUGCUGCGACGGCCGAAGUUGCCCUUGUGCCUCUCAAGAACUGUCUCGUCAACCUCCCGCCGUCGCUGGUCGCUUUGCUGGUCAAUGCAAACACGACUGCGCAAAAUGUUAUUAUUGAAUUGCAGUAUAAAUCGGUCUCCGGGAAGGCCAAUGGGGCUCCCCCGCAACAAUCAUGCUUCCUCGGUUGGACUGGUAUGCCGAGCAAGCGCAGGCUUGCGCCUGUUGUUGGAAGAGACGGUAUCAACAGUGGAUACUCUAGAGAACAGGAGAUCUCGACCGUCGAGCUUGAUACAACUUUUGGGCGGCUGCUUGGGCUCGCUGAAGGCCAGAAGGUCGGACUGUUCAUACAUCUCGAUCCACCCGUUGCGAACACGAUAAACAUUGAGCCAUUGACUCCUGAAGAUUGGGAGAUUAUCGAACUACACGCCACAUUCCUCGAACUCAAUCUGCUGUCACAAAUCCGCGCUCUCCCCAACCCCACAUACACUGCGGCGCAAUCGGCGCACAUGCACCCACUUGCGUUGCAUCUCUCUCCCACCUCGACCGCCAAUAUCGUCGUCACCUCUCUUAGCCCCGCUCCCUCAGACACAUCUCCCUUCGCCAAGAUCGCGCCGGAUGCCGAAGUUAUUGUGGCCCCCAAAGUUCGAUCAAAGACGAGCAAGAGCCCUCGGUCUGAGAGCCGCAAUGGGGCUGGUAGCAGCAGAAAGAGCGCCGGAGGCAGGAGCAGUUCAAGCACCGUACGCGCCAAGAAUGGCAAGUCCGACUCUACCCGUGGCGCCCUCUAUUUGAGAGGCGUAGACCGCUCAGCCACCGCUCAGUAUUUUGAUGGGGAAUUUGAAGAUGACGCAAAUGAGGGUCUUCGUAUUUGGGUUGAUCCAGAGAUGCUAGCAACCCCUGAGCUGCGCGGAGCGAGUUGGGCAUGCGUAUCGGUUGUCCAGCCAUCCGGUCUCAAGCCGCCACCAGAUCCCCAACAACAACUUGCUCAAGCUGAACAGCAAAAGUCCAAUGAUGCGGGUACUCCCACAACCAAGAUAGUAGCUAAGUUGCUUCCGUGGGAGGAGGCUCCGGACAACCGCCAUGCGGCAAUGUCCACCUUGUUGGGUACAGCACUUGGCGCGGAGAACAUGGUCGGCGGCAUCCUUCGAGUCGAAGCAGCACCUCCACAGCUGCAUCGCUCGGCAGUCAAGACCCUUAAAGUCUAUCCAUUCAUGGGUGAUGGUUCGAAGAAGAAGGACGGGCUGAAAUUUGGUGCUGACACUGCUGCUGCACGGGAUGCGCUAGCCGAGCGGCUCAAGGUCAUCUAUGGCAGCACUGGGUCUGACGUUGGGCUCUUUUCGGGGCCAUUGACUGACGGGAUGGUCAUUCCCAAAUCCGAACAUCAUCCUUCAGUCUCUUCAUUCGAUGGGGCUAUCCUUCGAUUUGAUCCUCCAUUGAAAGGAGGCACUGAUGAAACGAUGUUUGGCUGGCUGCUCGGCUCAGAAGCAAAGUUGAAUCUUGAAAUCCAAGCUGAGAUUCCCAAACCAAUCGACACCAGUCUAUCGGUGCUGCCUCUAGAGGACCCUCUCCCAGAGACCGCUCCUCACUUGGUCGGAAUUGAUUCCAUCAUUGAACAAUCAUUGAACAACCUGACAAAGUCAUCGUCUAUCUUACUCACUGGAGGUCUCGGCGCUGGUAAAACAGCUCUCGCCCAACUAUUGGGUCAUCGCCUGAGGCGAGAUCAUCUUUUCAACGUCAAGUACUUCUCUUGCCGCAAGCUCGUCACAGAUGAGACACGAAUCUCCAACAUUAAAGAGACACUGAAUCGGCUGUUUAUGUCCGCAGCAUGGUGCGCCCGCCUUGGUGGCCAGUCACUUGUGAUUCUCGAUGAUCUAGACAAGCUUUGCCCAAUGGAAACCGAACUACAAGUUGGUGGAGACAACGGCCGCAGUCGCCAGAACAGCGAGGUAAUCUGUGCUAUGGUCCGAGAAUACUGCGCCCUGAACUCCUCUGUUGUACUUCUGGCUACUGCGCAGGCUAAGGAGUCCCUUAACAAUGUUAUCAUCGGCGGCCAUGUCGUCCGUGAGAUCAUCAACAUGAGAGCUCCCGACAAGGAAGGACGCCGAAGGGUUUUAGAAAAGCUUACUAGCCAAGACAAACCUACCGCAUCUUCAAACGGACAUAUGAGGGCUGCAAGCACCUCCACACAGGACUCAUGGCUAGACCCCUCAAAUCCUGGAAGCCGACCAAGCUCCUCUGGCGAAGACGGCUUUGUCAUCGGACGCGAUGUCGAGUAUCUCGAGCUAGCCGGCAAGACCGAUGGGUAUAUGCCCGGUGAUCUUGUGCUACUCGUUGCUCGUGCGCGCAAUGAGGCCCUCAUUCGCUCUGUCUCGGAUCUAUCGGCAACUUCAAAGAUGAUCACGCUGGGGCGCGAGGACUUUGAAAGUGCCUUGAAGGACUUUACCCCGGCCUCUCUUCGCAAUGUCACCCUCACCUCCUCAACGACCACAUUCGCCUCUGUCGGUGGUUUAUUCGAAACUCGCAAGAUGCUCUUGGAAACCCUACAAUAUCCCACAAAGUACGCCCCGAUCUUCGCACAGUGCCCACUGCGACUCCGUUCCGGCUUGCUCCUCUAUGGAUUCCCCGGUUGUGGCAAGACAAUGUUAGCCAGUGCAGUGGCUGGCGAGUGCGGAUUGAAUUUCAUCAGUGUCAAGGGCCCCGAGAUCCUCAACAAGUACAUCGGAGCCAGUGAAAAGAGUGUCCGCGAUUUAUUCGAACGAGCCCAGGCCGCCCGUCCCUGCGUCCUCUUCUUCGAUGAAUUCGACAGUAUCGCUCCCAAGCGUGGCCACGACUCCACCGGCGUCACCGACCGCGUCGUCAACCAGCUGUUGACCCAAAUGGACGGCGCAGAAGGUCUCUCGGGCGUCUACGUGCUAGCAGCAACAUCCCGACCCGACCUUAUCGAUCCCGCCCUUCUCCGUCCAGGCCGUUUGGACAAGUCCCUCCUCUGCGACAUGCCCUCGCACGCAGACCGCGUUGACAUCAUCCGUUCCGUAAGCGAGAAACUAAAGAUGGACGACGAGGUUGCAUCGCGCCUAGACGACAUCGCCGCCAAGACAGAAGGUUUCUCCGGCGCAGACCUGCAGGCCGUCGUCUACAACGCCCAUCUCGAGGCAGUCCACGACGCCCUCGGCGACCGCUCAUCCGACCCAGCCAAAUCAGGCGCCAAAUCCACCGCCAAGAACGCCGCUUCUUCUAAGUCUUUCAUCCAGUUCCUCUAUUCCUCGUCGGAGGAGGCAUCCGGGUCCGUCUCCAUGCCACCCCCGGCAGUCAUCGCCGCCAAACUGGAAGCAAUCAAGAACUCGCGUCGUCGCCAGCGCCAGCUCGAGCAGGGACCCUCUGCGAGUGCUGCGGCCCCGGUGGCUAAUGGUACUGAGCCGGCUGUGGAUGAGCUCCGUGAGGAUAUCAUUGUCCGCUGGGAACAUGUUGAACGCUCGUUGAAUACCACGCGUGGUUCCCUGCCUCCUGCGGAGCGUAGACGUCUCCAGGGCAUCUAUCGGGAGUUUAUCGCCGGCCGGAAUGGUGAAAUGCCUAAUGGUGAGGCUGCCAAUGAGAUUGGAGGUCGGACAAGUCUGAUGUGA